AUGAGUCAAGUCCCCAGAAAUAAGAUUCUCAUAGUUUUCAGUAGUGAGACAAGUGAUACAACGAAGAAGGACAUACUUUCCAAGAUCUUUGUACAGAUUGAAAAAGAACGGUUGAACGAUAAUAUAAUAAAACAUAUUCAAUGGGAGACGAAAUACUACAGAGCAGAAUUAGACUUGUACGUGGACCAAUACGAUACUUUGAGCGAAUGGAUAAAAGAAUUGCUAUCAGAGGAGAGUACUCCGUUGCUUGAAGUACUUGCAGGUGUAAUAGUUAUCGAUGAUGCCGAUAUUACUGAGCAUAAGGGCAAGUUCGAUCAGAUUAGUACCAAAAUACAUGAUGACUCGUUUUUACUACGGUGUAUCAAUUCAGAGAAAAUUCAAGAUAGCCAAGAUGAGGUUCUAAACGACGUACUGGAGACAGUGCACUUAGGAAGUCUAGGAACUGUCAAUGAAUUUGGUGAAAAGCUUGGCAUUGAAAGAAUAAAAGAGAUUUUGGACACACACGCAUGGGAUCAAGAUGUGGUAGAGCUUUUGCAAGACGAUCAAAUGAAGCGUCACAGGACGCAUGUGGAAGAUAUCGAUGCGAUAGUUAAGAAAUUGGAAGAAGCCAAAUUGCAAUAUCAAGAUUUGUCUGCCACCGAAAUGAAAGAAGCAGAUUUAUACGCUCUUGAAAUAGCAGAAGAAAUAGCAAGAUCUAUAUGA